GUGGGGGUGGCGAGCCCUGCAAACAGAAGGGCGAGAGCCGAGAGGUGGUUCCUGGCAAUGGAGCCCUGGUGACUAGUUCAGCUGUUCUCCCAUGCAGCGAGGUCUAGGGGCAGCCGAGCGGAAAACCUCCUCUGCUCACAAGGCAUCUAGGAGAAAAGCCUAGCCACGCUGGGGGCAGAGAUGAUCCUGCGCGCUCCAGCUAAGAAUUGAGAGUAAACCCCUUACCCCAUACACACUCUCAUCACAGGGCAAACACUUUCCCAUGCACAUUGAUCUGCAGCGUGCAAGCAAGCUUAGCCUGCUGCCAAGCGUUCUCCCGUGGUACUAAAGUUCAGUCCGCUUAGAGCCAUGGGGAAUGGGAUGAACAAGAUUCUGCCUGGCUUGUUCCUUGGCAACUUUAAAGAUGCUCGAGAUGCGGAGCAACUGAGCAAGAAUAAUGUUACACACAUUCUGUCAAUCCAUGACGGUGCUAGGCCUAUGCUUGAGGGAGUGAAAUAUCUGUGCAUUCCUGCUGCUGAUUCACCCUCACAGAAUUUGACAAGACAUUUCAAAGAGAGCAUCAAGUUUAUCCAUGAGUGCCGGCUUAGAGGUGAGGGCUGUCUUGUUCACUGUCUUGCUGGAGUCUCCAGGAGCGUAACUUUGGUAGUCGCUUACAUCAUGACAAUCACAGACUUUGGCUGGGAAGAUGCAUUGUCUAUUGUACGAGCAUCGAGAUCUUGUGCCAAUCCUAACAUGGGCUUCCAGAGGCAGCUACAGGAGUUUGAAAAACAUGAUGUUGACCAUUUCAGGCAGUGGCUGAAGGAAGAAUAUGGAGAAAAUUCUUUGCAGGAUGAGCAAGAAGCCAAAGUUCUUCUGAGUAAAUAUAAAGAGCAGGCAAUGAUGCAACCAGGUGCCGGAGGAAGACAGUGGAAUAAUAACUUUUCCUCACUGCCUUCCCUGUCAUACAACAACUACACAACAGAGACCUAAUCGCUCCAGGCUGGAUUCACUUUCUUUUUUCCUUUGACCUGUUUAAAAACAGAUGUCACCAGUGUCCCCUCCACUCUCUACGGAAGUCAUGCGAGCUGUACCCUUGUGGAAAACUUAAUGAAAAUACUAUACCGUGUGUGUGUGUGUGUGUGUGUGUGUGUGUGUGUGUUUGACACAAUUUUACAGUUUUAUGUAACACCACUCUCUGUAAGCUUCUCUGCUGAGAGGCACCCCUUAUGUCAGAUUCUCACUGCCCUCAAACUCCACCCCCUUUAUAAUGUGUCUCUCUCUAAAACACACUCAUGUGCGCAUGAUAACUUUGUCUCCAAAGAAUGAGCUUCCAAAGUGUGUGAACACUUUUGUAUUUUUUGCUGCGGGUUGCUGUUUGUGCUGCAGGUUGCUGUUUGACCUUAGCUACCUCAAAAAUGCUGUUCUUGUCACUAAGGUUGUAAAUGCAACUUUGAAAAUUGCCUCGAUUUUACACUUGAUGAAUGCAAAGUGUGUGUGUCAUAAAAAAAAUUAUUUGAGAGGUUUCUGGCUUUCAUUUAAAUUAUUCAUAGUUGUCACUAGUUUUAAUUAAAAAUUAAGAUUAAGUAGGAAGAUUCAAGAUGUGUGAAUUCCAUCUAUUUUGCCAAUUUAAAACCAGUGGUCAAAUUUGUCAGAGUGCACAUGUAAGCAAAAUUUUAAACCAGAGUAAAAAAAAAAACUAGAGGCCAAAUUCUGGUUAUCCUGAUGUAAAUCUGGAAUAGCUCAGUUGACUUAGUUGGAGUUAUUCUGGAUUUACAACAAUGUAACUCCAAACAAGUUAAUGAAGUUGUUCCAGAUUUACACUGGUGUUAUGAUGAGGAGAAUUGGAUACAAUAUCCUUACUUUUAGUCUUUGAUUCAGAGCAAGCAGAGGUAUUGCUUAAAGAUUCCAGAACAGAGAAGGAUGCUCUCCCAACCUGCAAGGACAUUUCAAGAGAAUCAAGCCAUUUUAAAUAAAUAUACAGCAUAUGCUGAAUGUCCCAGUCAUCCACAAUAAGAGAGACAUUCAGCACAUUGUAUUUAACCAGAAUUUUUUUUAUUUCAUGUCCUAUGAUAUGCUAACUUACAAACAUUUAACGUGGUACCCUUUGAUGCUUGCUGCCAAUGUCUUCACACAAUAAUGAGCUCUGGGAUGGACUGUAGGGGUAUUUUUGACAUCUUAUCCAUUUUAAUGGAAUGGAAAGUAUGGAUAUUAAAAAUCCAUUAACGCAUAAAUUAGGAUUUACAUUACUACUGUAUUCCAUCUCCAUUCUGCACCAGAAUUCUAUGUUGUGGGCCUCAUCGCACCACACAGUGCUAGUAUAUUACAUAUGGUCAGAACAAAUUGUGACUGUGUUGGUGGUAAGUGUUGGGAUAUUGUAGGACUUGAAAAAGUCUUGCCUUUUGUUUCCAACCUCAUAGCUUGCUGAAUCCCGUGUGGGCGUGUUACUUAAUCUUUGCAGACCACCGUCAUUAAUAGAUAACACUUGGCUAGCAGGGCAAACAGGUGACUGUAUGAAUUUCAAUAGGAGACCGGUUUAGUGAUUGCCCAAGACAAUACUACUUCUAUGCAUUAGACCGAUGGAAGCUUCCAUUCACGGUCACUAGUUUUUGUAGACUGGAGACUUUGUAAAAGAGUCUUACACACAAGAUUAAGAAUGAUUAUCUCCUUGUUCAAAUCUGUGUAAUCACAAUAAGAUAUGUAUGGCAUUUUUGGCACUUGCACCAAAAAAAGACAGAUGUCAAAAGUAUUCCAAGAAUUUACAGCAGGGGUGUGUGUGUGUGUGUACACAACAUACACACGCACACAGAGUAUAUACCAAUGUUAACUGCAUUUGACACAUGUUCCAGAAUGUAUUGUUGCACUUCUCUUUUUCCACAGCAACACUGUAGGUGCUGAUAAAUUUAAAAUGACUUUAUACUGAGAACAAUUGGAGACAUCUGUUAAUGUUUUGUGUUCAGGCUUGUUCUUUGCUUUUUUGUUUUAAUUGGCUGGUUGACUGCCAAAGUGUCAACCUCUGAAACAACAUCAUUCGAUGCCUGCAUAGUUGACAUGUCUCAAUAGCCAUAAAGCCCACACACUUGUGAAGCUGCAACUGGAAAGAAGACUCAAGAGUAAAGUAAGAAGAUCCAUAGAUGGGAAUUGGAGUGUUAUGUUUCCAGCACACACCGACUCUUCUUCCUCUUUAAUGGACCAGAGGAAGGUAUCUGGCUGGGAUAGAGUAGAUCCUCAUCUCCCUGAUCUUCAAUGGUUGUGUAUCACCCUCCUAAACCCAGGCCACAAUUGCACCAUCUUCUCCUUCAAGAGAGUAGAAAAGAAUUAAGUGGGUGAGAGGGCAACAGGAGCAUAGGGAAGCCUGGGCUGUCCUGUCCCUGUGGGGAGUGGGACUGUAGGAUCUCCUGCAUUAGUAAGUUAUCAAGGCACAGAAGGGAUGGCAAUCACAGCUAAACCUUGCUCCAUUCCUUUAAGAAAGGAGCGAAACAGACAUUGUCCAGAAACAUGGCACAGUCUCUUCUCUUACCAGCCUUCCAGUGACAGUAAAGGGCUACUUGACUGUGUGGAUAUAUGAUUAUCCACCAGAGGACAGUCAACAUUCAGGUGUUUGACUGUAGCAGUAUAGACUGUGUUCAGUUUUUCCACAUACUUUCAGUAUUGCCUUUCUGUAUUUCUAAGCCUCUGCUUUAUUUUGCCUUCCACUAUCAAAUGCAUGAAACUUAUUGAGCAUCCUGAUUUACACUGAUAACUUACUAUUUUGUAAACUUAAUUUUUUUUUGUGACUGCAAGCAAACAUUUUAGCAUGAUUCUACAGAUAACUUCAUCAGUAUUUAUUACCCUGAUUUUAACCUGGAAACAGUUGUUACUUCGAUUUUUUUUUUUUUGAGUGAUUGGAAAAAUAUUAUGGCAAAUUCUAUCUUUUUAAAAAAAUAGCAUUGAUUGUUUAUAAUGGUCACUGUAUAUAACUAAGUCAGUGAAAGAUUAGAGUAAAUACUUCAGUCAGUUAGGAACUGUAAGCCCAGUGAGCUUGGUUCUCUGUCUUCCUUUUGACAUCAUAAUGAAGCCUCCUCUUUGGUUGCUUUUCUCUAUGGUUUGUAUUUAAUAAGUUCUACAAUUUUCUAUAAAUAAAAGUAAAUGUUAAUAGCCUA